AAGCUCCACUGGGACGGUCGCCUGACUGUGCCAGAAGCCCCCAGGCAGCAGCUCCUUGGUUUUUCUUCUUACCGGAGAGAGAUCUGGUACCUACUGUGCCUCAUGGCCACGCUCCUGGUCUGCGUGCGCCUCUCCGGUUUUUUCCACCAGUGCCGCGAAGAAAUCCCACAGUGCCGGCCCUCUCUUUUCCUCUCCCCCCUCGCCAGCCUGAGAAACACGCGGGCCAAGAACCUCUUCUACCUCCUGUGCGUGGCCUUGCUGGCUGGGGUGGCCGCCGCCGCUCUCGUGCUCUUCGUGCGCUGGGGCUUCCCACUCGUGGUCCUCUGCAUUGCCUGCUACUGGGCCGUCGCCUCCAGCGCCGAUGACUCUCUGGGCAAGCUGCAGGAGCUGGUGCAGGUGGCAGUUGUUGCCUUUCCGUGGGCUGUCUAUGGACUGGCGUCCGUGGGGCUGCUGCUCCUGCUGUGCAAUCCCAUGACGGUGUUCGCAAAGGACACGCGGGAGUCGGCAGGGUCCAUCGUCACGCCCUACCUAGGGGUUCCCAGCUCUGAAGUCGACAUCCUCCACGUCAUCCCGCAGAUCUACAAGAGGAUGCAGGAGUCUCAGAAGAGCCGCCUGGAGCGGGGCAGCUGGCUGAGCCUCGCCUUCCUGCUCCUCUUCCUGGAGGCCUUCGUGCUGCUGCACAUCCACACGCGUGCCAGAGGCCUUGCUGGAGAUGCUGAGCCUUUUUCGGUGCCCUGGUACGCAGUCAUCUCCUGGCUCCUUGCUGCUUCCCAGUUCUUCUAUUCCACGGGCCACCAGCCCAUCUUCCCGGCCAUCCACUGGAAUGCAGCCUUCGUGGGCUUCCACCUUGACCACAGCACAAACCUCCUGCCUGCUGUCCUGGUGGGCGCCAACACCUUUGCCUCCCAUAUCCUCUUUGCAGUCGGCUGCCCUCUGCUCCUGCUUUGGCCCUUUUUGUGUGAGAUGCCCAGCUCGCAGAAGAAGAAGCCCAAGAAAGAGCCCCGGGAGGAGCGGCAGGAGGUGGAGGAGCACAUGAUGGAGAUGAGGCUGCGGGAGUCCCCGGAGAAGUUCUCCGCUGCUCUGCUGCAGCUGGGGCUGAAGUACCUCUUUGUCCUUGGGACACAGCUUCUGGCCUGUGUUUGUGCAGCUAUGAUCCUCAGGAGGCACCUCAUGGUCUGGAAGGUCUUUGCCCCAAAGUUCCUCUUUGAGUCGCUGGGCUUCGUAGUGAGCAGCAUCUGCCUCCUGCUGGGGAUCUCCCUGGUGAUGCGUGUGGACUGUGCUGUCAGCACCUGGUUCAGCCAGCUCCAGCUCAGGUAG